UCUCUCUCUCUCUCUCUCUCUCACUUCUUGUCGCUUUCUCUUUCCAUGCCCCUUCUCUUCGACCAACCUCUGUAAAUUUCGCUCAGAGAAUCGAAACCGGAGCUUCUCUGAAUAACCAAAUCUCUUUCCUUACUUUAUCAUCAUCUCUCUCUAUAGAAAUUGCAUUUGGGUCUCACGCAAAACCUCCGUUGAUGGAAUCCUCAUCACCAAUCUCAAUCCAACAGACUCUCCACCAAGACCCAAAUCCCGAAUCCUCCCCAAAACCACUUCCCUACAAGAAAAGCUUCGUCACUUCUCUAAUGGAGGCCGCUACACUCCGAACCCCCUCUUUCCGUGAAGACUCUUAUUUUGUUUCCCACCUCAAAUCCUCCGAACGCAAAGCUCUCCAAGAGCUUAAAGACAAGCUCAUGGCUUCUCAUGGUCCAGACUCCAUGUGGGCCAUCUCUCUCCUCUCCAAUGACGACAAAUCAGAUGUGAUUCUCCUCAAAUUUCUCCGAGCCAGGGACUUCCGAGUCACUGACUCGCUCCAAAUGCUUCUCAAGUGCCUCCAAUGGCGAAAAGACUUCGAAGCUGACACCAUUUUAGACGAAGAUUUGGGGUUUAAAGAGCUUGAAGGUGUUGUGGCUUAUAUGCACGGUUUUGACAGAGAAGGACACCCAGUUUGUUACAAUGCUUAUGGGGUUUUCAAAGAUAAGGACAUGUAUGACAGGAUAUUUGGGGACGAUGAGAAGCUCCAGAAGUUUCUUCGAUGGAGGGUUCAAGUUCUUGAAAGAGGGAUUAAGCUUCUGCAUUUCAAACCUGGUGGGAUUAACUCGAUUAUUCAAGUCACUGAUCUUAAAGACAUGCCUAAAAGAGAGCUCAGAGUUGCUUCCAAUCACAUUCUCUCUCUGUUUCAAGAUAAUUACCCUGAAAUGGUCGCUCGUAAGAUAUUCAUCAAUGUACCAUGGUACUUCAGUGUGUUGUAUUCAAUGUUCAGUCCGUUCCUGACUCAACGAACUAAGAGCAAGUUCGUGAUCUCUAAGGAAGGGAAUGCUGCAGAGACAUUAUACAAGUUUAUUAGGCCAGAGGAUGUUCCAGUUCAAUAUGGUGGAUUGAGUCGACCCAGUGAUCUGCAGAACGGUCCACCAAAACCAGCCUCCGAGUUCACUGUAAAAGGGGGGGAGAAAGUGAACAUACAAAUUGAGGGCAUUGAGGCCGGUGCAACAAUAACAUGGGACAUUGUGGUGGGAGGAUGGGAUUUGGAUUAUAGUGCCGAGUUUGUGCCAAUUGCCGAAGGGAGCUAUACCAUUGCUGUUGAGAAGUCUAGGAAGAUUGCCGCCACAGAAGAAGCGAUUCACAACACAUUUACAGCUCGAGAAGCAGGCAAAAUGGUGUUUUCUGUUGAUAACACUGCCUCCCGGAAAAGAAAAGUUGCUGCCUACCGAUAUGUAGUCCGGAAAUCCACAGCCAUCUUAGCUUAAUUAAAUGAAGUGACUGUUUUUGCUUUGUUUUGUUCCUUUUUUUUUCGACUUUUGCUUUGUUGGUCUUUUUGUUGAGGAUUUAUAGUUCAUGUUUGUGGACUUGUUAUAUCUACUCGAUGAUAGUACUAGUAUUAUGUAUAAAAAUGGUGUUUGCUUAAUAUAGAAGAAAAGCUGUGUAACUUUGCUUGCACUUUGUUCAUA